UACCCUCACCACCCACCCUUACUCGCAUCUUCUUCUCCUAUUUAGCAACAAAGUUUUUUUUCUUUUUGAGAUUAACCAAAAUCUCUUUCUCCUCAUGAGAUGGUGGGUCUCAGUGUAGUACUCGAAGGUUGCAAUAAUAAAGAUAUCAAUACAAUAAAUGCUUCUUCUACUUGGCAAAUUCUUAACAAAGCUAGUAUGGUAUUGAUGAAACCCACUUCUCCUUUUUCCACCCCAAAAUCUCCCGAACCUUCUGGGUUUCUCGAUUCCUGUUUCCUUUGUAAACAGAAACUCUUACCUGGAAAAGACAUCUACAUGUACAAGGGAGAAUGGGCAUUUUGUAGCGUAGAGUGCAGGUGCAAGCAGAUUUUUAUGGAUGAAGAAGAGAGUAUGAAAACGAAAUCUAAAGCUUCCAUUAAAUCGUGUACUUCUUCUUCUUCAUCAUCAUCGUCGUCUUACCGGAGUAGGAAAACGGCGGCGAGGAACCGACCGAAUGCGUUUGCAUACUGAGAAAGGAGUUGGGUUGGACGAAAAUUUCCAGUUUUGUCCUCGAUACAUUUUGUAAUGACUAUGGUAUCCGUUUUCAUUUUGAAUUUUGUGAAAUUAUUAAUAUUAGUAGUACGGAAAAAAACAAAAAACUGCUGCUAGUUUUCAUUUAUGAGCCCCUGGGUUUUUGGUUUUGGUCCAAUUUCACUAAAUUGCUAAAUAAUUUUAUUCAGAAUCUUUUCUUUUUCUAGAAUGGGGUUUGUAGGGACUGUCGGGAUAUUCUGGGUAAUCUAAUAAAAAAUGUGGCAUACCCCUUAAAGGAGUGAUGGAUGACUCACACUUUUUUAUUUUA